UCAUAAGCCCAAAAAAGCCCUAACAUUACAUUACACUGUUUCUCUCGCAAAACACUCGGAGCUGCCAGCCACGGUCGAAGUCAUUCUUCCACCAGCGCCAGCCACCGUCGAAGUCGACGUUCUAACUUGGGUCUCCAGCUUUUCAUCGAACUACGUUUCAAUCCAAAUGGAAGGAGUUGAAAGCAUAUUGGAUACCCUUAAUGAGGAAGAUGAUAUAUUCGAAGAUGACGUUGAAAUGGUUGAUGUGGAAGAAGGUGAACUAGUCGACCAAAAUUCACACAAUCAGACGGGUCAAUCCAAUGAAACCAACCAAGAUUCUCAGAGUAAAACGCGGAGGCGGAGGGCCAACAAGAAGAAGAAUAAGCGAAAGAGGACUGGUGCAGCUCCUAAUGUCACAGAUAUAAACAGAUUUGUGUUAGAUGCAUGUAGGCGUUUGAAAGAGAAGAAAUCAUACAUGGUUUAUACGGCAGUUGGAUGUCUUGGGGUCUCUGCAUUAUGUGAUCUCAUCAAGGAGGUGGAAGCAGUCCAGGCUUGUGGAGGUCAGAUGACUUCUGAUGGCAGACGAUAUCGAACAGGUGGUGGCAUAUUAUGGAGCAUCCUUAAAACGCGAGAACCAAAAGCCUACAAAGAGAUAAUGAAUAAAGCAAAGGAAUUUGAGAAGCAAUUCAAGCGACCAAAACUAAAUAUGACACAAGAAACAGAGCAAGGGAAAGGUAACUCAUCUCAAAGCAUUGCCGAUGACUCCUCGAACAAGACAACAACAUCUGAUGUUUCGGAUGGCUUGCAAGUCUUGUUGGAAGUGAAGAAUCAAAGUGAGCCCACAAAUGAUGAGAAAAAAACAAUGUCUGUCCAUGAGAGGUUGAGGGUACCUGUUUCUUAUGAUGAUGAUCUACUUGGAGUUGGAGGUGAUCCUAAAGAUGAUACAACUUGAUUCUUGGAACACUUUAUUUGUGUCUUUUAAAAUGCUCUAUAGCUUCGGUCUUGAUAAAGAUGGGGUUUGGAAUAUAGAGAAUUGAUUCAUUAUUGGUUUUCUGGAGGCAACAAUUUGCAACCGAGAGUUUUCUGAGUAAAUCAGCUAUUGUUAAUUUUUGUUGAAAGAGAAAGGUGUCAUUAAAGUUUUGGUCUUUUUGUGAAUUAUUUUUCUUACAUUCAUGAAUAUUUAAUCAUAGUGGUUGAGCAGCACCAUCGCUCGGGAAUAACUCAAGAACUAAAUCAACAAGGCAUGUCUUGGUCUUA